AUGGAUCAAUCAAAAGAGCUCAGCACUAAUACCCAUGAGUUAUCGGCGGAGGUGCCCACGCACGAAGGGCCAUGGAUCCGAUUCUUGACUUUCGUGCGAUGGUAUCCAACUGAUAUGACUUAUUUGGAAAAACGAUUGGUGAUGAAACUCGACCUUCUAAUCUUAACAUUUGGAUGUUUGUCUUUCUUCACAAAGUAUCUUGAUCAACAGGCCAUCACCAACGCUUAUGUGUCUGGAAUGAAAGAGGAUCUCGGACUCCAGGGAAAUGAAAUCAAUUAUAUCACCACCGCAUUCUGGGUAGCGUACUGCGUAUCCAUGAUUCCGGCAUGCUAUUUCCUUACUCGGAGUCCGAUCAAUAUUAUUCUGCCAACGCUCGAGGCAGGAUGGGGACUGUUUACUUUUGGCUGCGCGUGGGCUCAAAACCUAACGACAAUCUACGCAAUGAGAGUCCUUAUCGGUAUUUGCGAGUCCUGCUCCUUUACUGGUGUUAUAUACGUGAUUGGAUCGUGGUACAAACCUCAGGAGAUUGGGAGACGGGUCUCCUUGUUCUUCAUCGCCUCACCCCUGGGGACUAUGUUCGCUGGGUAUCUACAAGCGGCGGCGUAUACUAAUUUAAACAACACGCAUGGCUUAGCUGGGUGGAGAUGGCUAUUUAUUGUUUGCACCGUUAUCACCAUACCCAUAUGCAUUCUAGGUUAUGUCGCCUUCCUCGAUGUUCCUCACCGCGCAAAACCACGCUUCCUCACAGAGAAAGAGCACGAGCUAGCCAAUUCUCGUCUCGUUGGUCUUACAGCUCCCAGUCAACUUACUGUUUCAGUCGAUCUUUUCAAAAGAGUACUCGGUCGCUGGCACUGGUAUGUAUUUGUUGCGCAGUGGAUUCUAGUCGACCAAAAUUUUCUCGCUUCGUCGACUCCAUUCAACCUUUAUCUGAAAGCUAAGCCGGAGAUCUAUUCCGUCUCGAGGGUGAACACUUUACCGACUAUCGCGACGGCCGUUUCAAUUGUCGCUGCUUUAAUCGCCGGUACUGUUGCCGACAAGACGAGAAACAUUUGGCUCCUUUGUAUUGUUGUCUCGCUGCCGGUGAUGUUGGGUCUAAUCUUGCUGGUUGUCUGGGAUGUUGGGGAAGCUGGGCGCCUUGCGGGUUUUAUUCUCACUGGUGCCGAGGGUGCAAUGAGUCCACUUACUAUGAGCUGGGCGACCCUAACCAUGGCCAAUGAUGCCGAGGAACGCGCCAUUGUAACGGCUAGUAUGAACGCAAUCGGUCAGGCCAUGUCUGCUUGGACGCAGCUACUUCAGUAUCCUGCAGUAGAGGCACCGAACUUUCGCAGGGGAUUUAUUUCGAAUUUAGCGACGACCGUGGCGCAAUUGGGUGUAGUGGCGGUUAUCGCAGUACUUACUCGGCAUGAUCGACGGCACAAGGGAAGGCAGGUGUUUGAGACUAGCUAG